CCAGUGCUCGUCACAUGAGGUACGCCCAGGGGGCGGGGCCAGCAGGGCCGCGUGACCCCAGGGUUCAAGGCCUGGCAUUCCACAGCGCUCGGACGGAUCGCGCUUGCGCAGCCGGACGCUGGGCACUUGGGGACUCGGUGCUGCUGGAGCCGGAGACUCCGCGGGCUCCGUGGCUGAACGCAGCGGCCCGGGGGCGGCGGUGUCCGGGCCGGAGCUCUGCAAGACGCAGAGAUGGAGUUAGAGCCACAAAAUGAGGAACCUGCUGAAAUUAAGGUCAUUAAAGAAGCAUAUAAGAACGCCUUUGUAUUUGUUAAUAAAGGACUGAAUACAGAUGAAUUAGGUCAGAAAGAAGAAGCAAAGAACUACUAUAAGCAAGGAAUAGGACACCUGCUCAGAGGAAUCAGUGUUUCAUCAGCAGAACCUGAACAUACAGGCCCCGAGUGGGAAUCUGUUAGACAGAUGCAACAGAAAAUGAGAGAAACGCUACAGAAUGUACGUACGAGGUUGGAAAUUAUAGAGAAGGGUCUUGCCACUUCUCUGCGAAAUGAUCUUCAGGAGGUACCCAAGUUAUAUCCAGAAUUUCCACCUAAAGACUUGCCAGAGAAGUCCCUUACUUCAUCUCCUCAACACACUGAAGUAAAUGGAAGUACUUCAAAUACAGGGCCAGUUCUUGCACCGAGUUCUCUGGCCUUGCCAUCUCAGAAUCAGAGUCAUCCAGCAGAAGCACCUCCUGCUUAUACUCCGCAGGCUGCUGAGGGUCACUACACAGUAUCUUAUGGAACUGAAUCUGGGGAAUUUUCAUCAGUUGGAGAAGACUUUUAUAGGAAUCAUUCUCAGCCACCACCUCUUGAGUCCUUAGGGCUAGAUGCAGAUGAGUUGAUUUUGAUCCCAAAUGGAGUACAGAUAUUUUUUGUAAAUCCCGCAGGGGAAGUUAGUGCCCCAUCAUAUCCUGGAUACCUGCGAAUUGUGAGGUUCUUGGAUAAUUCUCUUGAUACAGUUCUAAACCGUCCUCCUGGAUUUCUUCAGGUUUGUGAUUGGCUGUAUCCUCUGGUUCCUGAUAGAUCUCCAGUUCUUAAAUGUACUGUAGGAGCAUACAUGUUCCCUGAUACAAUGCUACAAGCAUCAGGAUGUUUUGUGGGUGUUGUGUUAUCUUCUGAGUUACCUGAAGAUGAGCGAGAACUCUUUGAGGAUUUGUUAAGACAAAUGUCUGACCUUAGACUCCAGACCAACUGGAAUUGGGCAGAAGGAGAAAAUGAAUUCCAAAUACCUGGAAGAUCAAGACGUUCCUCUGACCAAAUGAAGGAACCUAGUGACACUGAUGUGAGACAAUUGGGUCCUUCAUUGGAUCAAGGCAGUAAGGAUGUACGUAAAGGAAAACAAGGAAAAAAGGGUAAAGAUACUUCAAAUGAAGAAAUUAAUCUGAGUCACAUUGUACCCUACAAGCCAGAAGACAAAGCGAAGGAAUUACCUGAAUGGAGUGAAAAAGUGGCUCAAAACAUUUUGUCAGGUGCUUCGUGGGUAAGUUGGGGUUUAGUCAAAGGUGCUGAAUAUACUGGAAAAGCAAUCCAGAAAGGUGCUUCUAAACUUCGAGAACGGAUUCAACCAGAAGAAAAACCUGUGGAAGUUAGUCCAGCUGUGACCAAGGGACUUCAUAUAGCAAAGCAGGCUACAGGAGGAGCAGCAAAAGUCAGUCAGUUCCUUGUUGAUGGAGUUUGCUCUGUGGCAAGUUGUGUUGGAAAGGAACUAGCUCCACAUGUCAAGAAGCAUGGAAGCAAACUUGUUCCAGAAUCUCUUAAAAAGGACAGAAAUGGGAAAUCACCUUUAGAUGGUGCUAUGGUUGUAGCUGCAAGUAGUGUUCAAGGAUUUUCAACGGUCUGGCAGGGACUGGAAUGUGCAGCUAAAUGCAUUGUGAACAAUGUUUCAGCAGAAACUGUACAAACUGUCAGAUAUAAAUAUGGGCAUACUGCUGGAGAAGCCACACAUGAUGCAGUAGAUUCUGCCAUCAAUGUUGGUUUAACUGCUUAUAAUAUUGAAAACAUUGGUAUCAAAGCAAUGGUGAAGAAAACUGCAAAACAGACAGGACACACAAUCCUUGAGGACUAUAAGAUAGUUGACAGUUCAAAAAGGGGGACUCAAGCAGGAGAAGCAAGUAUAACAGGGCAGGAAGAGAAAGAUGAGCAGAAAGAAGAACCAGAGAAGGAGGAGACAAAGAAGGAAGAGAAAUGAAGGACAUGUUCAGAAUUACCUAUACCAAAGCCUUAUAAAUGAAUGCAAUUUUGUUAAACAGGCAAAUGUGGAAAUCCCUACAGAGAACUAGUGUUGUUAAACGAAUCUAAUACUACAAUGUGAAUAUCUCCUAAGCUUUAUGGCAUGUGUUCUACCUACUAAAACAAGAAUCCAUACUCUUACAACUGGCCUUGGAAAGUAUGUGGUUAUAUUCUCAGUAAGAUAAUUUUUUCCUAAGUGUGGCUAAAACAUUUUUGCAUUUAAAAUAAGAUUACUAAUACAUAUGCUAUAUAAACUUCACCAAACCUUAUGUUAAAACUAUUUUUGUAUUUGCUAUUCUUCAGAAAGUAGAAAAGUAUUUUCAGGAAG